UUUCGGUUUGAUAUAUACUCCUUGAUUAAACCAUCCCGGCUUUCCUACGACAAAGGAGCAACUUCACAACAUGGCGUCUGGCAGUGCGGAAAACCGAUUUCUGCGCCCUCCAAGCGACGAAGAAUAUGCACCAGUCUAUCGCUCUUCCUCCAGCUAUAACCCUCUUCAUACCUUCCAAUUGCCUUCUGGCCAGGAAAGGCACUAUCAACAACAAUAUGGCGAUAUGUACUUCUUGCGACUGGCCAAGUUAAAACCGGCAGUGGAGGAAAUUGCGGUAGAGACAUGGGAAGGGUUCAGUAUCGCUGGGGAGCAUGCUCGUCGCGUGGAAAGAGUGCUCGAUGUACGACAAGGAGAGCUUUGCUGGGUUGCAGGCACGAUCUACAUGGACUUGCCAUUGAAACCCAAUAUUUUGGAUGACCUGACGAAAGAGAACUUUACAUCAGCCCCUCCCCCUCGCCCGACUUACCUUGAUCCUGCCCACCCCGAAUUGACACAAAUCAUGCUAGAAGACGAGUCCGGUCGCCUGCGGUUGACCGGAAACAUGCUUAGAUCCUCCCAACUGGCUACAGGAGCUAUAGUUGCCGUGCUAGGAACUGAGAACUCGAAUGGAGACUUUGAGGUUAUCGAUGUAAAGGUCCCUGACCUAGCUCGCCAACCCCGUCGGUGGGAGAGGGACGAACAGCAGUCUGCCCAGAAAGGAACUGGCAAAAGCAAAAUUGCUUUUGUCAGCGGUCUUGGGAUUACGGGAACUUCGAGCGACACAUUAUCGCUGGAGAUCUUAACAGACUAUCUCCUUGGCUACACAGGUUCCCAAUCAUCAGCGAAUGACGAGAGCGCACCCCCAGAUGCUUCUGCAAUUACGAGGCUGGUCAUUGCGGGAAAUUCUCUCGGUGCAAGCAUGACUACCGACCCUAACGAACAUGCAGCUGCUUCCAAGAAGAAAAGUGGGCCAAAGAAAUAUGGUUAUGACGCGUCGGCGUACAAUGCUUCUCCAAUUACCCAGUUCGAUAACUUCCUCGCCGAGAUUCUACCCACCAUACCUGUUACCCUUAUGGCAGGCGCAAGCGACCCAGCCAAUUUCUCACUGCCCCAACAGGGUAUCCACCGAGCUAUGUUUCCGCGAUCUCGGGCGUAUUGCUCUGGACCCCCGGCUGCUGGAGAAACGCCAGAGCCAGGAUGGUUCGAUAGCGUCACGAAUCCAUGGGAAGGCGACAUAGAGGGAUGGCGUCUAUGGGGUUCGAGCGGCCAGAAUGUCGACGACGUCCUUCGCUAUCUAGAUUUUGCGAAUUCGAGUGGUACUGCUGAUGCCAGUGGGGAUGCCGAGGCUAGGGUUAAAAUCAUGGAGGCCAUGUUGCGUUGGAGGUGUGGCGUUCCCACCGCACCUGAUACAAUCUGGUCCUAUCCAUUCCAAACACACGAUCCUUUCGUGAUGGAGGCGUGUCCGCAUAUCUUCUUCGCUGGUAACCAGCCACAGUUCAAGACUGCGGUAAUAGAAGGCGACGCUCCCUUGAAGCUGAAUGGAGCCGACACAGAAAUGACCGGUACGGAUGAUACCACACCUGGCCCACGAGUCCGUCUGUUAUCCAUUCCGACGUUCAAGGAAACCGGCGAACUGGUACUAGUUGAUACCGAGACGCUGGAGGUAGAAGUUGUGAAAUUCGGCACAUACGCCGGACAGCAGGAACAGCAAUGAGUUGUAUGUGAAACUAGGCACCAAUGGUUCAUGAGAUGCCCACAAGACCUUGACAUAGCCAUAAUAUAGAACCAACCAGUAUUUCCCCAUAUAAUGCGUGGACCUGUGAUAUUGAUGCUGAAAUGACCGCUAUUUCGGCCGUUUACAGGCAACAUAUCCACCCCCAAUCAAGCUCCAUGCGGUUCUCGCCAUAUUAUCAUCGAUCACUCACAAGAAAAAAAAAAGAAGAAGAAGAAGAAAUCCAUUUGCACAGGUCGAAAAUCCUCUCCGACACGAUACAUCGAAGGGAAGCGAAAAGAAC